GAAAGAUGUCGGUUGGAGAGCUCGGUUGCACCUACGCUGCUUUGUUGCUCCACGACGAUGGAAUCCCGAUCACUGCUGAGAAAAUAUCGACCAUGCUCAAGGCUGCGAAUGUGCCUGUUGAAUCUUACUGGCCGGCUCUUUUCGCUAAGCUUUGCCAGAACAGGAAUGUUGACGAUCUUAUUUUAAACGUUGGUGCUGGUGGUGCUGCUGCUGUGGUCGCAGUCGCUGCGAAUGCUCCAAUUGCUGCUGAGGAGAAGAAGGAAGAGGAAGAUGGGGGAAGUGAUGAUGACUUGAUGUUCAACUUGUUUGAUUAAGAGAAUUUACUUUGAAUGGCAUUUUGUUCUACAUUUUUUGUUCUAGUGAAAGUUUAGUUAUGUCUU